AUAUAAAAAUAGUUUAGUGCGUUUUAAAAUUUACCGACGCCACUGCUUUUUGACAAGUGAAGUUUGACAGUGACAGGUGACAGAAAUUGAAUUUUCGUCCCAAUAUUGAUUAAUCUCACCCAAAACCUUAUAAAAAUGUCGUUAAAUGAAAGGGUUCAGGAAGAAAUUGAAGCGUUGGAGGCAAUUUUAAUGGACGAUAUUUCGGUAUCGUAUGGAGACAAUGGGUGUCCCGAACUAGUCAAAUCGACGAUAUUUCCGUCGACUGCCGACGAUACUGACAAACAGUACGUCUGUGUGACUUUGGAAGUCAAAUUACCGGGGGAUUACCCCGAUUGUGAGCCUUUAGUUCAAUUGAGGAAUCCCCGAGGUUUGGACGACACGACCUUAAAUCAUUUGUAUCGCGCCAUCAAGGACAAAUGUAACGAGUUUAUUGGUCAGCCUGUCAUUUACGAAUUAAUCGAAUUGAUUCGGGAAAAUCUCACUGAGAGCAAUUUACCAACUUGUCAUUGUGCCGUGUGUUUGUACGGAUUUUCCGAAGGUGAUAGUUUUACAAAAACGCAAUGUUUCCACUACUUCCAUUCCUACUGUCUUGCAAUGCAUUUAAUCACAACCGAAAAACACUUUAUUGAAGAACAAGAAAAAUUACCAACUUGGCAAAAAAGCACAACAGGUUUUCAAGCCUCGUGUCCUGUUUGUCGCGAACCAAUCAACUGUGAUGUCCAAGAACUGAAGAACGCUCUUCCACCGAGAGAACUCGAAAAAGCUCAAAAUUUUCAAGUCACCAAAGAAUUACAAAUGUUGCAAGCACAAAUGAGACAAUUAUUUAUCUACCAAAAGAGUCGAGGUGGAAUUAUCGAUGUGGAAGCCGAAGAAAAUAAACUACUUCUCAUUACGGAAUCGAGCGAAAACUCACCGGGAGACGAUUCUGGUCCUAGUCUGCCUCCAAGUGAUCCACCACCAAAUAAUGGAGUGUUGGGUCGUCAACCACGAACCACUUCAAGCAGGUGACCAAAGUGUUCAAUAAUAAUAAUAAUAAUAAAAAAAAUAAUAAUGUCAAAAAAAGUACGUGUCAUAUUACUCAUUAUUGUUUGUGAAAAAUUUUGUUCUAGUGAAGGUAUAAAACUACUUUUAGGACUAAUAAUAAAUGUAAAUGUAUUUUAAUUUAUUUUAUAAAAUAUUUAAUAAAUAGAAUAGUUCAA